AAUUACACUUAUGUCAAUAUUGAAGAUUCUGGAAGAUUCGUGAUACCGAUGUUUUACGAACCUCGUGGCGUGGCUCGUGCAUUCCAGUGUCAAUUGAUCUCCAUUGAUCUCUAGAGACCAGUUAGAGAGCAUCCUCUGCACCUCGGUAUCGUGUAAAACUUGAGACACCGUUGUAAAACCUACGAGAUCGUCGAUCACACAAAAUCAACGAUGUCGAGGAGCGACGAAAUAAAACUUGACAUCGAGGAACUUGAUGGCUUGCUGAAGCAAGCUCGCAGACAACGUACCAAAGAUGUAAUAACGCUUGAGAUCAGGAGGCUACAAACAGAAUUGGUGAAAUUAACGGAAGAGGAGAGAAACGCGUCUGUGAAACCUUCGAACCCACCAUCAAAUGUCCCUCAGAAGUGCUACGAGGUUAAAUUGCACAAUUAUGGAUGGGACCAGAGCAAGGCAAAGGUCAAGAUCUACAUACCGUUAGAGAACGUUCAUCAGCUGCCCAAUGAAGCUAUCGCCUGCAAUUUCACGGAAAAGAGUUUAGAUCUGCGAGUGCUUGGAUUGGACAACAAGAACUAUCACUUGCCGAUCAAUAAUCUAUGCGCGGAGAUUGACACCGAGAAGAGCUGCUUCAAUGUGAAAACCGACAUGAUCGUUGUGUCGUUAGUAAAGAAAGUUGCUAAAGAGUGGUCGCACGUCACGUUGGUGGAGAAGAGAAUCAAGGAGGCCAAGGUGCCAUCAAUGCCAGAAAUGGGCGAGGACAGUGAUCCCGGUGCCAGCCUGAUGAAUCUUAUGAAAAAAAUGUAUCAAGAUGGCGAUGACGACAUGAAGAAAACAAUAGCCAAGGCGUGGACGGAAAGUCAAGAGAAGCAGAGGAGCAACGUAGUAGACUUGUAAUUUCAGAGUCAGUCAUCUAGAUAGAAACAUGCGUCUUUUGAACUUUGUUUUUUAUUUGAAACAUCAAGUGUAAUGUAAAUUUUAAGAAUAAGAGUUGUAGAAGUACAUACAUGGGUUAUGUAUAUUUAUUUUACAGUUUACUUUAAAACGCCUAAACAGGCGGUAUUGGCAUGACUACAAAUUUUUAAUCGUAAUAGUAGUGACGUGAUGAAGGAUUAUUAAAUCAGAUUUUUAAUGUGUAUAUUGCCAAGAUUCUCACUUUCAAACAGUUUUCUGUUUAUUUGUUAUUAAUGAGAUCAAUAAAAUGUGCCAGACUUAAC